AAAGUUGUGAUGCAGUAGAAGAAAAUUGCUAUAUAGCUAUAUUUUGCAUCACAUUGAUCACUGGUUGUUGUUACACUUGCAUCAUCUAUGAUAACAAUUUUGCGCCAGUGACCACGUGUUUGUGUAAGGGAGAGGGAUGGUGUGUGAAUGGAGGUGAUCGUUUUUUAUGGGGAUCGUUUCCGUAAAUUCGUAAUGGGGAACGAUGGCUUAAUUUCAUCUGUACUUAAUUUUGCUACUAGUAGACAGUUUUUAUGUGGCAUUGCCUUUGGACUUUUUGUUGCAUAUAAAUUUCGACGCUACUUUACGAAGCCAGACAGACACGUAGAAGUGGAAAGUGAAAAACUGUACAGUGAUUAUGGUGGUGAUGUCAAAAUGGUUAUUGUGGUACGCAGUGACUUAAAGAUGGGCAAAGGGAAGAUUGCAGCACAGUGUGCCCAUGCAGCAGUGAAAGCUUUCAGAAUUGCCGAGGAGCUGUGCCCAUCAUUACUGCUAGCGUGGCUGGAGAAUGGUGAACCUAAAGUUGUUGUACGGACUGAAAGUGAAAACGAUCUCUUGGCAUUGAGGAAAGCUGCACAGGCAGUGGGACUUAUUGCUGCUCUCAUACAGGAUGCCGGAAGGACGCAGAUCGCUCCAGGUUCGCGCACUGUGUUGGGCGUUGGGCCCGGACCAAGCGAACUCAUUGACCAAGUGACAGGGCAUUUGAAGCUUUGUUGAUGGCUCCUUACGGAACUUAUAACUGUGCAGUUUUUGCAUUGUUGCACUUCUGAUGACAAGGACUGCUUAAAGCAUCAGCGUUGCCUCUGUGCUAUUGUACUCAAAAUACAUUAUUAUUUAUAACAUUAAACCUUCAUUAUAUUGAAAAAUUGUUAAUGAUGUUGGAGGCAGGUAUUUUCUAAUAGACUGUAAUACACACACAUGAUCUUCACACUGUACCAGUGAUAAAAUGGAGUGCCUUCAUCUUAGCUUUCUUAACACCAAAUAUAAAAAAUAAUUUA